AUGGAUCCCACCGGUGGGCGCGAUUCGCGCUACAAUCUGAACUACAGCAUGAGCAUGAUGAGCGAAUCGCCAGAGAUCUACGGCAACCCGAACGUGUCUCUGGCGCGUCCACCAAGCGGCGGGUUGGUCGGGCAGGUGAUGUCCCGCGGUGGGACUGGUGGGGCCGGGCUGAUGAACGCCAACGGGCCACAGUGCGGUGGGCUGUCCCGUGGAAUUAAGCGCACCAACUCGGAUUGCUACGACGACCGGCAGCAGUUGGUCGGGUCACAGACCAUGACCGGGCUGGAUGGGUGUACCGUCGGGUCCGAGGUGGUUGACGACAGCUACACCUCGCUGCAACCGAAAAAGUCGCCACCAAGUAAUGGGAAGAAGACGAAGGGUCGCGUUAAGAUCAAAAUGGAGUACAUCGACAACAAGCUGCGGCGGUACACGACGUUCUCCAAGCGCAAGACCGGCAUUAUGAAGAAGGCGUACGAACUGUCCACGCUGACAGGCACGCAAGUGAUGCUGCUGGUGGCUUCCGAAACCGGUCACGUGUACACGUUUGCGACGCGCAAGCUGCAGCCGAUGAUCACGUCGGAGGCGGGCAAGGCGCUCAUCCAGACCUGCCUGAACUCGCCCGACCCACCGACGGGUUCAUCCGGCGACCAGCGCAUGUCCGCGACCGGCUUCGAGGAGACCGAACUCAGCUACAACAUCGGCGACGAGGACUCCAAAGUAAGGCAACUAGUGUACGGCCACGGCCACCACGGGCAUGCUCAUUUAGGUCACCCCCAGACUGGCCACUACGGGCUCGAUCAGGGCCUGAUGCAGCAGCCGUACCCCGGCGGUCAGGGAUCCCCGCUCUCCCACGCUCAGUCCUACCCGCCGCACUCCGGCCACACGCACCAUUCCCACAUCCCGCACCACUCCCACACGCACAUGACUCACGCGCACGCGCAACGGUAG